AUGAACCUCCAAAAGAUGAACUUUGAGAAGGAGCUGAUUAGGUUGAAGCGUGAGGCAAAGUUGAAAGGUGGGUUUUAUGUUGACCCGAAGGCGAAGCUCCUGUUUAUCAUUCGCAUUCGUGCUAUCAAUGCCAUGCACCCAACGACUAGAAAGAUCUUGCAGCUCUUGCGUUUGAGACAGAUCUUCAAUGGUGUAUUUUUGAAAGUGAACAAGGCCACAGUGAAUAUGCUCCAGAGGGUUGAGCCUUAUGUGACUUAUGGAUAUCCCAACUUGAAGAGUGUGAGGGAACUUAUCUAUAAGAGAGGAUAUGGAAAGUUGAACCAACAGAGAACUGCUUUGAUUGAUAACGCCAUCGUUGAACAGGCUCUGGGUAAAUACGGCAUUAUCUGCACAGAAGAUCUCAUCCAUGAGAUAAUGACAGUUGGACCUCACUUCAAGCAGGCAAACAACUUCCUGUGGCCAUUUAAGCUAAAGGCACCCCUGGGUGGCCUAAAGAAGAAGAGAAACCACUAUGUUGAGGGAGGCGAUGUUGGAAAUCAGGAGAAUUUCAUCAAUGAGCUAAUCAGAAGAAUGAAUUAAACAACUGCACUUUUUUGUUAGUUGGAGGAGUGAGGUUUUUUUUUUUUUUUUUUUUUUGUUACUGGAUUCUGGAAGUAAUCUGAACACCAGUUUUUCUAAAGUCCUGUAUGAAUUUAGAGAUAAUUUUAUAUUAUUUGUUAAAGAUUAGAACUAGUUAAUGGUGUCUAUCUUUGUUUUGACUAGCUGAUAUCCCCCCGAAUGCAUGGUGCAUUUUGAUAAAUUUUGUAAGAAAUUAUUUAUGACCUAUUGAUUUCAUGAAUACUAUUAUCUGUUUGUAUU